GUAAAAUAUUACAUCAUGAAGUUUACGGAGCCAGAGGAAUUGUACAAAUUUUUCAAAUAUGAUCCAGAACCAGGUGAAUAAGUUGUUAUUUCCGGAAUCGCUGGCAGAUUUCCAAAAUCCAACAAUUUGUACGAAUUGAAAGAUAACAUUUUUAAUCGCAAAGAUUGCAUCACGGAUAACGGAACAGAUACAGAGCAUUCAGAAAUUCCACGACGAAUGGGGAAAAUUAACAAUAUUGAGAAAUUCGAUGCAUUAUUUUUUGACAUCGAUUUUAAAGGAGCACAUACUAUGGAUCCUAUGGGAAGAAUAUUGUUCGAACAUACUUAUGAAGCUAUUGUAGAUGCUGGAAUUCAUCCAAAAGAUCUUCGUGGAACGAGGACAGGUGUAUUCUUAGGUUCAUGGUUCUCCGAUAACGAGAAAACUUGGUUCUACGACAAACUCCAAAUAAAUGGUUUUGGUCUCCUAAGCGUUAUCAAAUCUUAUACAACUAACAGAAUUUCGCAUUGGUUGGGUGUCACUGGAACAACAUAUAAAAUCGAUACCGCGUGCAGCUCAAGUCUAUUUACGAUGGAACACGCAUAUACAGCUAUACAUAACGGACAAUGCGAUUACGCGAUCGUCGCUGAACCAAAUCUUCGCCUUCAUCCAUUCGUAACAUUGCAAUUGAAACGUUUAGGAAUAUUGCCUGAGGAAGGUCGUUGCAAAUGUUUCGACGAAAAUGCAAAUGGUUACGUGCGCAGCGAAGCCGUAGUUGUUGCAUUUCUGCAAAAAAGAAAAAAUACUAAAAGAAUCUAUACAACAGUUAUCCAUGCGAAAAAGAAUUACGAUGGUUAUAAGGAACAGGGAAUAACAUUUCCUUCUAGCCAAAUUCAGAGUACUCUUUUCAAAGAAUUCUACGAUGAAUGCGGUGUACCAACAGCUAAUAUACCUUACAUCGAAGCUCAUGGUACAGGAAUUAAAGUCGGCGAUCCUGAAGAAAUAAAUGCUAUAGAUCAGAUUUUUACCAAAAACAGAACCAAUCCUCUUAAAGUCGUUUCCAUCAAAUCAAAUUUGGGUCAUACUGAACCAGUCAGUGGAAUUUGCUCCAUUGCCAAGGCGAUAAUAUCGAUGGAGUCAGGUCUAAUACCCCCAAAUAUUAAUCUUAAUCAACUACGCAAAAACGUGAAAGCUUUUACAGAAGGGAGAAUCAUACCUGUUACCGAAACGUCUCCGCUUGGUGGGGAAUACAUAGCCAUUAAUUCUUUCGGCUUUGGUGGUGCUAAUGCUCACAUCUUACUCAAAUCAAAUCCAAAGACAAAGAUCAAUAAAGGAUUGCCAGAUGACGAUUUGCCAAGACUCGUAGCAGUUUCUGGACGUACCGAAGAAGCAGUAGUAACUAUAUUAAAUGAUAUCGAUAAUCGACCCAUAGACGUCGAAUUCAUUCGCCUCCUUCAUAAUAUCCACGUUAAGGAAACAUCAGGUCAUUUAUGUCGGGGAUACACUAUAACUGAUUUUAAAUCGUUUGACAAGAAACUGAGAAAGAUUGAAAAAUAUUCUGGUAUAAAAAAGCCAAUAUUGUUUGUUUUUUAUGGAAUGGGAUCGCAGUGGUUUGGAAUGGGUCAAGCCCUGAUGAGAAUUCCCACAUUUGCCAAAGCAAUAGAGAAAUGCGAUGUUGUAUUAAAGCAGUGUAAUUUGAAUAUUUAUAAAAUUUUAACUGAAAAAGACAAUACCAUGUUCGACAAUAUCUUGCACUGGAUCGUCGGAACUGCUGCGGUUCAGAUCGGUUUGGUAGUUCUUCUAUCUUCCGUAGGCGUAGUACCGGACUACGUCAUCUGAUAUUCCGUUGGUGAACUUGGUUGUGCUUAUGCAGAUGGAUGUUUUACAGCGGAGGAAAUAAUAUUAGCAGCAUAUUCGAGAGGAAGUGCGUUGAUAGAAACAGAAAUACCUCACGGUUCUAUGGCAACGGUAGGGCUUUCCUAUGAAGACAUUAAGAAUCGCUGUCCUACUGAUAUCGAUAUCGCAUGUCACAAUGGAAGUGAAAGUACAAUUGUUAGCGGAUCGACCAAUUCUGUGAAGGCAUUCGUUAAAAAAUAAAAGGAAACUGAAAUUAUCGUAGAAGAGGUGUCGUGCAAUAAUAUACUUUAUCACAGCCGUUAUAUCGCAACAAUUGGAUUGAAAUAUUUUGUAUGUUUAAAAAAAGUGAUACCAGUAGCGAAGCUACAAAGUCCUUACGAAGGAGAUAGUUUUCAUGCUGUAAUGUUAGAUCAAAUUAUAGUUACCAAGAACGGAAUCAGAAAUAAAAUAAGUUCAAAAGUAAACAAACUCCUUAAGGAAAAUGCAAUCAAACCGAUUGUAAGAACAAUCUUUGGCAAAGACCAAGUAGAGAAAGAAGCCUUUAGAUUCAUGGCUGCUGAUAAACAUAUUGGAAAAGUACUAAUAAAGAUACGCGAAGAAAAUGAACAACUGAAUACCCCCAUCUUGGCUGAACCUUAUUAUAGAUGUUUCCCGAACAAAAGUUAUAUAAUUAUUGGCGGCUUGGGUGGCUUUGGUUUAGAAUUAAUCGAUUGGUUGGUUCUUCGAAAUGCUAAAAAUAUUGUUAUUACUUCACGAAACGGCUUAAAGAAUGGUUAUCAACGAAUGAGAAUCAAGAGAUGGGAAUCAUACGGUGUGAAUAUUAAGAUCCUUGACGGUCUCGAUGCUGCUAAACGAAAAGACUGCGAGCUUAUAGUAAAAUCAGCAAUAGAUGAAAGUCCCGUCGAUGGUGUAUUUAACCUCGCGGUUUCUUUGAAGGACCGUAUUUGUCGUAACCAAACGAUGCAAUCUUAUGAAGAAUGUUUCAAGGGAAAGGCCUGGACAACGAAACGUUUGGACGAAGUUACUAGAAAGCUUUGUCCAGAUCUUCGGCACUUCGUAGUUUUCUCUUCCGUCUCGUGCGGAAGAGGAAAUGCUGGCCAAACGAAUUAUGGUAUGGCUAAUUCCGUUAUGGAAAGAAUAUGUGAAAAGAGAGUAGAAGAAGGUUUGCCUGGAUUAGCUAUUCAAUGGGGAGCGAUUGGAGACGUCGGUCUUGUCGCGGAUAUGCAGGAUAAUGAUAAAGAACUUGUUAUUGGCGGUACUCUACAGCAAAAAAUAACAUCAUGUUUAGAAGAAAUGAAUCGAUUUUUGGUGCAGGAUAAACCUAUAGUUGCUAGUAUGGUAGUUGCUGAAAAACAAUUAGAUAGCGAUCGUGCAGACAAUGUCGUAAAUGCUGUCUUAAAAAUUAUGUGUAUUAACGACUUGAAGAGUAUCAAUCAAGAAACUUCCUUGGCUGAACUUGGAAUGGAUUCUAUGAUGGGCGUAGAAAUAAAACAAACUUUAGAGCGCGAUUAUGAAAUAUAUCUCAACGCGAAAGAUAUUCGCAGCUUAAAUUUUGCCAAACUUAUGGAAAUAGAAAAUAAGCUAAUAGGUGAUAGUAAUCGUAUUGAAAUUAUUACCGAGAAAAUAUUAUUUGGUACAAAGAUAUUGAUGCAAUUGAUCGGCGAAGAACUUUCCUCCGAACUAAUCAUCUCCCUUAAAACUAACCCAGAGGAAAAUCGGAGCGAGAUAUUCUUCAUUCCAGGUAUUGAAGGCUUUGGUAUCAUUUUCAAAACAUUAGAAUCGAAAAUCAAGUCGCCAGCGACAUGUUUCCAACUUGGGACAAAUUAUGAAUUAGAAACUAUUGAAGAAAUGGCCCUUUCAUUUCUACCGCAUAUACUAGAGAAACUUAAAGAUCGAAAAGAUUUUACUUUAGUGGGAUACUCAUUCGGAUCGCUUGUAACAAUUGAACUCACGCGACAAUUAGAAAACAAAGGGUUUAAAGGCCGACUAAUUUUGAUAGACGGUGCUCCUCAACUAAUAAAAGAAUUAGUAAACCAUCAGUUACAAUCGUCAUCGGAGGAAGAGCUACAAAACAAAAUUUUUGUUUUUAUGGCGAGAACAUUAACAUCUGUUAAUAUUGAACAGCUUGUACUUGAAUUGCAAAAAUCCAAACCGUGGGAUGAGAAAGUAAAAGCAUUCUUUAAUGUAUUGCCUCCCGAACACAAGCAAUUAUAUUUGGAACGAGAUCUAAAAAACGCUAUCCUUUCAUUUUAUGUGAGAUUGCGAGCAGCCAUGAAAUAUAAUCCAGAACCAUUACCAUAUAUAAGAGCUCCAAUCACAUUGCUCAAGCCGAUGUUAUCGUCUGUACGACAUAUCUCAUAUGAUUAUGGACUAGAGAAAAUAACUGACGGCAAAGUAGAAGUACAUGUUAUUGAUGGCGAUCAUUCCACGAUGUUAGAAAACAAUGAAAUUGCAAUGGCGAUUAAUUGUGGACAGCUUAAAUAGAACUAAAAGCUAUGCUUCGUCAAUAGUUUUUACUUAUUCAUUUAAUCCACUAGCGGGAUAUUGCAACACAAACAGUGUGUAAUUUCAUAUUAUUAUUAUAAACUUGAUCUUUUUCAUUACUUACGUAUUUUUACUUUGUUUUAUAAUUAUAUCAUUUAUUAAAAAUUUCCUUGUAUUCUGAAUGAAUAUUUUAUAAUAUAAUUUUGAAUAUUAUUAUUAUUAUCAUCAAAGUAGUUUUAUUAUAAAUACAUUUAAUAUUAGGAGAUAUUAUUAUUUAAACAAGAGAAUUUAUAUUAAACGAUCUAAUCAUAAAUCAAAGCAGAAAUACGUAAAACACGAAUAGAAACAGAUUUUUCAAAAAUAAUGCAAAACUAUAAGCUGUUCGUGAUGCAUUACUCUGCUAAUAUUAUAAAUUGUUAUUACGGCAGUAAUGAAAAUAACAUUAAAAAUAAUAAUAUAAAAAUGACACUAUCGGGAAAUAAUUAAGUAACUAUAGUUACCUCCACGUUUGUAGUUAAUUCUACAUUUUAAAUAAAUUCGAAAUGAUGGAGAAAGAAGAAA